ACAUAGUUGAUGAUAAUUGAUAAUAGCAAAGAGACAACAUGUGUAGUAGAAUCUUAACAACGUUGGACUUACCUGUAAUGCAGAGAGAUUCCUCGUAUUCUCGGGUUGGGUCUGUGAGGGAGAGCCCCAUGAUGACUCCGGGACAGAGGAACUACUAUAAAGGACCUGGAACUAUGGAUGCAUCAAGAACGACAACCGAUUCCAGGGAUGAGGCUUCCAUUUCCAUCAGCAAUGCAAGUGACAUGGAGUCCGAGUGGGUAGAACAGGACGAGCCCGGGGUGUUCAUAACCAUCAGACAACUAGCUGAUGGGACACGAGAGCUGCGUCGUGUUAGAUUCAGCCGAGAAAGAUUUGGAGAGGUGAAUGCAAAGACCUGGUGGGAACAGAACAGGGAGAGAAUACAAGCACAAUACCUUUAGGAGUAAUAAGACUAAACUGAAUUCACCAAGUGGCUGGCAACCUCGUAGCUUCAAGUCCAACAACAAUUGGAACAGUUUUGUCUGUCUGUCUGUUUAUGGGCACCAUGGUUACAUUUGAUCAGUACAUACAUGGAGGGGGCAACACUAUUUGGCUAAGGGUUUUUUGUCUUUUUCUUGUUCAUUAUGCUGUCUAACUGGAUAUGUAAUUACAUUACAUGAUUUUGAAAAAUUCUCAGGGCUUGUUUUUA